AUGCCGCUUCCACCAUCAGAAUAUCGAUUUUUGGGACCGCCUACUCUUAGUCCAGUGACGAUCACUCGAGCCUUCGCUUCAGACAAUUAUCGAUCUUUGGAGAGCUCGACUCUGUUACAGGGACGGAGCAUUACUCACACCGCCCCCGCAAGGUCUUUUGCUCUCCCCAAUCUUGUCACAGAAUCCGGGUCGCCCGGUUGGUGUCUGCGUGUAUCUGUCUCUGUGCCCCGUGGUGAAUUGAGCUCACACCAACCAAAACGUCUGUGCAACAAAACACUGGAAGGUGUGGACAGACAGUCGGAUUUAUUUGAUGCGCCAGGGGUGUUGGGCCAGGGGUGGGGUGAAGGCGAGAUGGGAGGGGCGGGGCGGGCAGCCGUGCCGUUGGCUUUUAACACGCACCCACGCACGCACCCACACAUGCACGCGCGCGUGCAUGCAUUCACAUUCACGCGGCGCAGUUUGAAGGUUCAGGUGGCGGACGCUUUACUCUGUAUGCUCUCUCGGGACUCCUCAUCCUCUCAGUUUCUCCACCUCGUCGCCGUCGUCCUUCUGUUAUUUUUUAGAAGCACAGCACAGCGCACCCCAGCCCAGCCCCAAUCCGAUUUGCGCUGCAGCGCUUGUCAAACGCCUUCCGUGGCUCUCAUUGGCUCGACUGGGUUGGCGCACACGCCACACUAUCAAGGAGUCCUUGGACCUAGAACAUGUGCGUGUAUUAAGAUGCGCUACUGCCCUCCUGCUCCCCAACUGGCCUGUUGGCCAGCGGCCUUGGAUGGUGGGUCGAUAAACGCGAGCCCACAGGCCGGCGCGGCCCUCUACAGCCCCUACCUGGCGACCCCAGCCGCCGCGGCAGCUGCAAGGGUGGGCACGCCGGCUAUGCCGAGCAUGGGCAGUCCGACGGAGGUGCAUCAGGUGUUGGCGGCUUUUGCGGCCGCCACGGCUGCGGCCACCGCGUCACCGGGCGCCAUGAAGGAUUCGCGAUGGCUCACACUGGAGGUGUGUCGUCAAUACCAGCGGAAAAUGUGCUCGAGGGAUGAAAAUGAAUGCAAGUUUGCUCACCCACCGCCUCAUGUGGAUGUACAAAAUGGACGCGUAAUUUGCUGCUAUGAUUCCAUCAAGGGCAAGUGCCAACGACGCGACCCUCCCUGCAAGUACUUUCACCCACCACAACACCUUCGUGAGUUGCUUCUACAGAAUGGGCGAAAUAACUUGAUAUUGAAGAAUAUGCAGCUACAAUUGCUGCAACAACAACUGGCCCAGGGUGCUAUGCUGCCAGGGCUGUCAGCCGCACUGGCAGCGACGGCCCCAACACCCUCUGUGGCUUCUCCGGGCACCCCGGCUACCCAUGGUAUUGCGGGGGCGCCUCAGUGUCCCAAUCCCACCUCUCCUGUCUCUUCUGCUUCCAUUGGUCCCACGGGAAAGCUUAUUUAUCCGCCCGCGCCUUCAUUGAAUCUAACCCCCCAAGGGAUGGCAACAACCUACUCAUUGCUGCUACCACAGCCAACGCCACCGCCACCACCAUCACAACCACCCUCAGCCACUGUACCAACACCAGCUAUUGCGGCAGCAGCAGCUGCGCUUGCAGCAGCCAAUCUGGAUGCCUCGUCGGCUCAACAACUAGCCCAUAUAUUCCCGUCGCCCAAGACGGUUCUAGUGGGCCCACUGUGUGCUAAUCUCUACACUCAAGAGCAGAUGACAUCGCCGACAGCAUCGCGAAAACGACCCGCAGCCUGUGUGAACGAGACGGCCUCGGCGGUGUACGCGCCACUAUUUUCAGCGCCCUCACUGCUUGCCUACGGUCCGCAACUUGACUCAACCGCCUAUCAACUGGGUGCUCAGUCUCUUAGUGCAGUUAAUUCAUUGGUUGGUAGCAGUGCUCAGUUCUUUCACUCCCCUUCCCUGUCUCCAUUCUUUUUCGCCUCCCUCCACUCACUCGCUCAUUUUGGGCUUUCCUGCCUCUGUUUUUCUGUUGAUGUGCUGUUUGUGAUCGCCAUGCACACUGCUCCUCAGCUUGUACACGCUGCAUGCAUACCGUUGCCUGCACGCGCUUUCAGCUGUCUCGCUACUCGGUUGUCUAACUUAAUUCCUCAUCCCCUCUCUCAGGGGAAGAGUUGGGCCUUAUUGCAGUCUUGGAACGGAGUAGGCCUGUCGCCAUACCUAACGCCGACUCAGCUGAAUUCGAUGGCAGCCGCAGCAGCGACAGCGGCGGCACUGAAGUCGGUACCACCGACGGUCUCGUUGGCCAAUGGGGGUGGCGCGGGUGCUGGUGGAUUGUCUGCGGCACAUCUGGCGGUGAUGGCAGCAGCCGCCACCGCCGCUGCUGCAGCGAACGCCUCAGCGGUCGCUCCAUUGGCUGCUCCUGCCACUCCAGCAAAACGACCGGCGCUGGCAGACGCAAAAUCGGGUCUACCGAUGUUUGAUUAUGGACAGGGGCUCUAUGCUCUGCAGACUCAGGCGCAAGCGCAGUUGGUGGGAGCCAAGAAUCUUCAGCCACCACAGCCGCCAUCACAGUCAUCACAGCAAUCUCCACAGAAGUCAUCCGCUUCCACCUCUGUCGUCACCGCCGCCGUCAAUGUCGGUGGUGUUGUGGCUCAGGAGAACGGUGUUGGUGGACAGGAGCAUGGAGCUCCCAAUGAGGUGGACACGCAGAAAGCUCAGGUCGCUGCCGUUGGACAAUUCUAUCCUGAAACGUGUGAGUCUAUUCCGUGCUCCUGGUUCGGCCUUGGUUUCUGUCUUGGUGUUGAGUAG